AGCCCGAGCACCACCGCGCCCCCCGGGGCCCCAAUCAGCCGCAAAUUAGCCUCUGUUUCUGUUUUUCCUGCACUGGAAGAGAUUAACGCCAACUGUCAGGUUUUAUCAGGGUUCAAACUCCUGGAAAGUUUAGGAAGUGGCCUCUGAUGCACAGCAGAUCUGAACCCUGCAGCGCUGAAAUUCUAUCGAUUUCCUAUCGUGCACGCGUGCACACACAUAUUGUUGUUCUGUCUGCAUAUCAGAUUUGGGAACAUUUGGUCUCCUCCUGCUACUGUCUCCACACACCAAGGCAGAACGUAUCAUCAUUAAAAUCAUUGUUCACAUUCUUGUGAUCAAAAGACCAUCCUGUCUCAUCAGAUGACCUCUGACUGCCUGGCACGUAAAAGAUGAAGCUGAGCAGGAGGAAAGUGCCUUUAUAUGGCGAGGCGAAGGUAUUUGCGUUGCUGGAGGGUUUAGACCCGGUUCCAGAGGACACAGAGGUCUAUGUUGUCCUGGAAGGAUCCACGCUGGCCCAUGUAACCAGGGCUCAGAGUGAUGUCAUGCUCUGCUUCAUCGUCCCUGGACAUAAUCUUGCCGAGGUGGUGUGUGUCCAGGCCUACCUGUGCUCUGAAACCACGCCGCUCACAUUUGUGGGCAGGGCUUCGUUGGAGUAUGUGCAGGACGAUGCUCAGGAUCUAGCAGAGCACCUUGUAAUCCACGGACAUUGUCUGAGCGCCGCAGAUCACAGGGAGCUGAGCAGCGUGUUCGGCCUGGGCCAGGACAGCUCUCGCUGGGCUAUGGAUCGCAGGGUGGCUUUGGCCAUGGCCAACCUAGAUUUCCCCCCAAACUGGAAUGUCCUGGGGUGUCACGCUGAUGAACACAGUCCCAGAGAAUCUCCCCUCCACCUGGCCGUGCGCUGGGGACUGUGUCGGCUUGCGGAGCUGUUGCUUUGUCAGCCAGGGGGCUUGAUGGCUGCUAAUCUGCCCAACGAAGAAGGAGUCACACCACUGCAGCUGGCAGAGACCGCAGACAACACCGAGCUCCUGGAGCUGCUCUCAAACCCUCCCAACCCCCUCGCCACCCCCCCGGCAGGUCUGUCCCAGGUGUGGGCAGACCGGUCCCGCCUGCUGAGGUUCUGUCACGACACGGGGAACCUGACUCUGACCGUCCGACAGAACUCCAGGUGGAGCUCGGAGGAGAGCCGGUAUGCUGACAUCUUUUUUCUCAGAGCGAGAAUCCGAGAUGAGGACUUCCUUAAAGAGAUCAAAGCACUCAGAAGAGAACGGGUGGAGACUCUCUUAGGGAAUGAAGAGCUGGUGGAGGAUCCUGCACACAGCGCGCCGUACUCUGACAUAAACGGAGAAAAGGCUGCAGAAGAAAAUGUUCCAGGUUUCUUCACUGAGGACCAUGAGGAGCCGCUGAUGUUUUGCCUGAAUGAAGAGGAUGAAGUGGACGACCCAUCGCAGUCUGACUCUGAGAAAAGCCGAUCCAUAAGGGAGAGCCAAGCCUCGUCCCCAACUCUGGCGGCAGCUGCCAGACUGUCAGCGAUGAUACACGGCAAAGACCAAGUGUACGCGAAUGCCAUGCUGGUGGACCAGGUGGACGAAGCUGACAUUAGGUAUCGGUCUCGAGGGGAGGAAGAGGUCGGCCUUCCGUCCCAUGUCGGUGUCUCCUGCUGGGAUUCCUUCUCGGCCACUCCACUCGAUUCAGGGACUUUUUCCCAGAACCAUUACCCACCGUCACUCCACCAUGGGCCCGGAGAAAGCCAAGGCCCCGGCCUGGACAAUCAUAGGGAGCUAUCCUCUCGCAUCACCACCCCCUCUCCCUUCGCUUCCUCCCCCUCUUUUCCUUCCUCUCCCGUGGCUUCCGCCCUCCGUUUGUUUGAGGGAGCACAGAGGCGUCAGACGCAGACAUGCCCUCACGUUUCCCCUGCCCUGAAUCACAGGGAAUGUCGUGUAGCUGAUGUCAGCCGGGGCCUGAGUCCCAGUCUAGAGUGCGACAGUGGAGAGGAGGACAUACUGGGACACUCCUACCCGUGCUCGUCCAUAAAGCAGCGCUCCAUUCUGCGGUCCAGCUCAAGAGAAGAGAGGGACUCGUUCGAUGCGUCGCCUGAUUUUAAUCGCUCGCAUUCUGACAUCACGCAAAAAACCAGCAAGAAUUCAGAGGGCACAGAGGUGCGUCUGCGGUCCUACUCGUAUUCCUCCCCCAAAGCAAAGCCAUCGCGGCCGCUGCUAAACAGAGACGCAGCUAUCACCGACCUGGACGAAGAUGGAGCGUUCAGCAGCAGCGGUCGCUCCCUCCUUCAGGCUUUAUCUCUUUCUAAAUCCCUUUCUCGUCUCAACCACGUUAAGCAGAGGGCAUUCAACCUGACUGAGACACCCAAAGAAAAGAGGGUUUUGGGUUUCCGUAAGCGGGCCCAGUCAGCAGAGGAGGAGAGCAGCGCAUCACCCCAACAUCUCACCCUCACAGAGUUCCUCAAAGAGAUCGAGGAUGAGGAGUGGGAUAAAUACAUAAUCCCAUCCAAAGUUGAGUCAGAGAAGUAUAAAGUGAGCCGGACCUUCAGCUUCCUCAAGAAUAGGAUGUCCAGCACCCGCAACAAAACGAAGGUGAAGGGGAAAGAGUUGAAGGAAGGAAAGGAGAAGUCGGGAUCUGCUAAUGGACACCAAUUUGUUCCUGUGUCUCCAUCUGGCCCAGCUCUCUGUGUGGCCUGUGAUAAGUCUGUUUCUGGGAAAGAGCUGCUGCAGUGCUCCAGCUGCUUCCUGAAUGUCCAUAAAACCUGUCGAGAGUCUGUUGCAGCCUGUGGAAAGAAGCAGCUGGAGCGGAGCUCAGCGCUGCAGAAAAGCAAGACCAUGUCUCUGCCACAUAACUCGGUGAAGGAGAACGCCCCGGCAACCAGUUUCUCCUCGUCUUCCUCCUCCCCCUCUUCAGCCCUAGCGAUGAACAAAGACAAAAGAGAAGCAGUCACUCCUUUUACCAAAAGCCUUUCCAUCUCCGUAGACAGCAGAGGAGCGAGUGACUCAGCGGCAGCAGACGCUGAGGCCGCUGUGGCAGCUUGCACGAGCAGCUCGGUGUGUGAGGAGGGAACACCUGUCACUCUUCCAUCCACCGACCUGCCCAUCAGCACGCAGGAUACUGUUGACGCUCCUUUGCUGAGCGAACUGUCAGCUGACCGGCUGGGACUUGACGCGGAGUCAUGGAGUGUUGCGGUCAGUCCGGAGUUCUGCAGGCAACACGACAGGCGCACCAUCAAACGGCAGGACGUUAUUUAUGAGCUCAUGCAGACGGAGCUGCACCACAUCCAGACGUUGACGGUCAUGUCAGAGGUGUUCAGGAGAGGCAUGCUGGAGGAACUGCAGCUAGAUUGGAACUGCGUGGCGCGGAUCUUCCCGUGCUUGGAUCCCCUGCUGCUUUUCCACAGGAACCUGUUCAGAGCGCUGCAGGAGCGCCGGCAGGCUGCGACCCAGACUGAACACUCACACGAUUACGUCAUGCACCAGAUAGGAGAUAUACUACUUCAGCAGUUCUCAGAUGUGAAUGCUGAGAAGAUGAAGCAGGUGUAUGGAGAGUUCUGCAGUCACCACAUGGAGGCUGUUAACGUCUUCAAAGAGCUGCAGCAGCAGAACAAGAAACUGCAGAACUUUGUCAGACAACAGAGCCAUAAGUCUCUCGUCAGACGGAGAGGCGUGCCAGAGUUCAUCCUGCUGGUCACUCAGCGAAUCACCAAGUACCCAGUGCUGCUGGAGAGGAUAUUACUGUACACUCAGGAGCGGAGUCAGGAACACUUGGACCUGUCGAGUGCUCUGGCCCAGAUCCGGGACGUCAUCACCACAGUGGACCUCACUGUGAGUAAGUAUGAGAGGCUUCAGGAGCUGCAGGAAGUGCUCGCUCGGCUCGAGACCAAGAGUUUCGCCAAGCUGAAGAAUGGCAAGGUGUUUCGCAAGCAGGAUGUGCACGGCAAGCACAGGGAUCUGCAGUACAAAGGCCUGGUCUACUGGAAGACGGCCACCGGACGUCUCAAAGACAUUCUAGCCCUUUUGCUCACGGAUGUUCUGGUUUUCCUCCAAGAGAAAGACCAGCGCUUUGUUUUUGCGUCUGUGGACCAGAAGCCCCCGGUCAUCCCUUUGCAGAAACUGAUCGUUAGAGAAGUCGCCAAUGAGGAGAGAGGAAUGUUCCUUAUCUCGGCCUCCUCGGUGGGGCCAGAGAUGUACGAAGUUCACACCACCACCAGAGAGGAGAGGAAUGCAUGGAUGAGACACAUCCGAGAGGCUGUGGAGAGUUGUCCUGAGGAAGAAGAGGAGGAGGAGCGAAGCGUUGAGACAGAGGAAGCCAGGCAAGCCGCAGAAGUGAGAGUUCAGAAGAUUAACAAGUUCCAGGAUACACUGUUUGGACAGGACCAGCAAAUCUGCCACAACUUGGAGGAGAAGUUGCAGCUUUAUGCUGAACUUACAGAAUUAACCCUCCACUCGCCAGAGCCGGUGCCACAUCGCCAUCUGCUGGUGCAGCCAGCGCCGUACACCGACGGCGAGCUGCCACGUCAGGCGUCGUCACUGCUCACAGCUGCUCUCAGAGAAGCGGAGAACCUAAUCACUAUCCUUCAGACCCGCAAUGGUUUCUCUGUCCAAAGUGCGAGCUCUCCGGUCCGAGGGCCUGAGUGCUGCAGCUACAACAGCCACGGCAGCAGCGUCCACGAGUCUCCCUCUGAACCAGACUAUCUGAGCACGCUCAGUAUGAGCUCUACGUCGCUCGGAUCGGACAGCGAGUUGGCAGGAGUGGAGAAUGUGUCGUGGAGCUCGGCUGUCGAGCUCAGGAAAGAAGACAGUCAAGGGACGCUGUUAAAGGUGGCAGAGAGCGUCCAGAGCCUGACUCAGCUUCUCUACAGUCUGCAGGCAGCUGUGACCCUUCAGGACAGCUGCUACGAAGUUCACAAACUUCUUCUCCAGGAGAGGGAACGACCUCAGCCUCGAAGCCUGACCGCCCUCCAAAGCAGCCCGGAACAAGAGAAGCAGAGAAGUAUUGAUAAGAUGAAGGAGGAAAAGAAAGGUUUGGAGAGGAAGAGAGAGGAGGUGGAUGAGGUGCAGAAACUCCAUGCAAAGCUGAAACAGGAACAGCAGCGUUGGGACAAGGAGUGUGUGUCCCGAGAGAGACAGCAGAGCGAGCAGGAGACCGUGCUGGAGCAGCGAGAGCAGCAGUGCCUCCUGGAGGCGGAGCGGCUGCGCUGCGAGCGCGAGGAGCUGGAGGCUCAGCUGCUGGAGUAUCAGCAGAGUCUGGACAGGCUGAGGAAGGGCCAGCGGACGGUGGAGAGGGAGCGGGAGAAGAUCGAAGCCCAGCAGAGGCUGCUCCAGAGCUGGAGACACAGCCGCCAGAGCAGCUUGCCAGUCACCAUACCGCUGGAUGGUUACAAGGGGCCCAGUCACAGCCGCUCAGGCAGCCUGGACGGAAGCUGCUCGGUGUACAAAAACGAGGUGGCUUUCCUCGCCUCGCUGCAACAGAACCACCUCCACCAGCCCGCUAAGAACCACAACAACAAUCAGCACCAACACGUGCUGUCCAUGCAGACGAAGAACCACGACGGCUCACAGCACAGCUCCGGUUACCCUGGCAACGCCAGCCUCAGUGCCAGCCUGUACAACAGCCUCAACGCCCUGCUGAGCCAGGCACACAGCAAGAAGCCCCUGGACGGUCUGACACACCCUGGCUACAGCAACAACCUCCCCGACCCCGCACAGCCACACAGGCCCAACAACACAGACCUCAGCCUGCUGCAGGACACGCAAGCUCCUGGUCCCUGGAGGUCGGAGGUCACGGGUCACGGACUUUACAAGGAGGACUUCUUUUCCUCUCCAUCUCUUACACCGCUUCUUCCUCCACAGGCUUACCUCUCGCUCGAACGACAAAAUGGAGAAGAGGGAGACGAGGAAAAUAUUGUUUACCUCUGAGAGUCCAGAAACAAGCUGAGCAAAUUUGUGUGCAUUUGUAUCUAUCAUACAUAUAUACAUAUAUGUAUAUAUGUAUAUGUAUGUAUGUAUAUGUGUGCGUGUGUGUGUGUGUGUUUAUAUAUAAACUGCAGCUUGAUUAAACCAUUGUGCCUUUCUGAAAAAUAAAGCUCUCUGUUAAUCAGCUUUUAUAUUGUUCUCCCCAUGUUUAUACUGCUACUAUGAUAUUUAUAACAGUUGUUGCACUUGCAGAGGUACCUUUGUUUUAAAAACAGUUUGGCCUAUGGUAUCAAAAAGUAAAUAACUAUAAUCAGGGCAGAAAAAUGGAUGUCAUUUUCCCAUGAGCACUUGAAAGAAAAUGUAAAAAUAUCAGAAGCUUAUUAAACCCUGCCCCCAGCAAUGUAUAGUUAUUGUGUCUCUGUCACAAUUAAUGAUAUUUAUGAGUGAGUGUAAGCGUCUGCCAGAAACGGAUAUAUACUGACAUUACCAUAUAAAUAUUGAAUAUAUGUAUAGUUUUAUGGACAUCAUGUUGGAAGAGGAUCUUAUAUUCUUAUCAUUGUUCUCACUGAAGUGCCAAAAAAUCUUGCUAUCUGAUACUGUAAUUGAUGUAAAAAGUGGGUUAAACGCUUUUUUUUUGUGAUAAUUUAUUAUAUAUUGAUUGCUUCAUGCACUGCCGAUAUUAAUAAUAGCCUACCUUGUUUUGAUGUGUGCUAUCUUGUACUCUUAAUCAAAGAUGUAAUGUGCCACAUAUUGAUGCUGUAUAUAUAAAAUAGUUGUGGUAAA